CCGGGGAGCCCAAGAUGGCGGACACGCCGCAUCUUCUCAAGCGGGGUCCGGGCCGCCCCGUGUGGCUGCGGGUCCGCAAGUCCCGGCCCAAGCUCAUGCUCAGCCGCCGGGCCCGCCGUCGGCUCGGCACCUCGCGCUGGUCCAGCCGGCGGCGCGGGCGGCGGCGGCUGCUGCAGGCGGCGGCGGCGGCGGCCGGCGCGGAGUGGCGGGAGAGCGCCUGUCCGGCGGCGGCCACCUGGCGACCCAAGAUCGCGAGCCCCCGUCCGGCCCCCAGCCCGACCCCGGCCCCGACCCCCGCCCCGAGUUGCCCUGCGAGUGGUCCCAUCGCGCCCUUGCGGCAUCUAGGCCCGGGCCGCGCGCUGCUGCUGCUGCAGGUGGAGCAGAGCUUUACUUUCAGCGGGGUCUGCCGUCUGACGUGCCUCUACGGCCAGGUGGAGGUGUUUGGCUUUAUCCUGAGCCAAGGCCAGCCCGCCCGCGAGGUCUUCUCCGCCUGUACACACUCGUACCUGACCAUCAACGCGGUCCAUUACUCCAUGCCCGAGAGGAGCCGGAAGGAGAUGAAGAAGGAGGCCCGUGUCGCCCUCAGAUGCCACCUCAGCCUGGAGGACAGAAGUUGGUCGAUGAAGAACUUCUCUCCUCUGUGCUCCAUUGUGCUGCUAGAACGUUUGAAGAAUUCCACUGUGAACUUCAUCGGCAACUACCUGGGCUUGCCUGAUGUUUUCCUGCAAGAGAGUCCAACUUUGCAAAUCAAUGCCCAGUAUGUAGCCAUGAGGUCUGUUGGGAUCAAGAAAGAGAAAAGGAAGAAAGGCCUUCACUUAACUGAGAGCGCCCUUGCGGCCCUGGAGGAGCUUGUCAGCGCCUCCUGUGAGGAAAUAGAUGGCUGCCCCAUCAUCCUGGUUUGUGGGUCCCAGGAUGUCGGAAAGUCAACCUUCAAUAGGUACCUCAUCAACCAGCUGCUGAACAGUAUUUCCUGUGUUGACUACCUGGAAUGUGAUCUGGGACAGACAGAAUUCACUCCUCCUGGUUGCAUUUCGUUACUUAACAUCACAGAACCAAUUCUAGGGCCGCCCUUCACCCAUCAGAGGAGGCCGCAGAAGAUGGUGUAUUACGGCAAGCCUACCUGUAAGGACAGCUGCGAGAGUUACAUUGAAAUAGUGAAAUAUGUGUUCAGUUCCUACAAGAGGGAGGCCCCUCUGAUUGUCAACACCAUGGGCUGGGUGACAGACAGCGGGCUCCUGCUGCUCAUCGACUUGAUCCGCUUGCUGGCCCCUAGCCACGUGGUGCAGUUCAGUUCUUCCCAGAGCAAGUACAUGCCUGCUCUCACCCCGGAGUACGUGGAAGGCAUGGACGGUCUCUACACAAAAAGCAAGUCCAAGGUGCGAAACCAAAGCUUCGAACUUCCGGAAUUCGCAGAGAGCUUGGAGCUAUCCGACGAGGACAAGGAGUAUCCGGUCAUCUUGAUGGGACAUAAGCUGAUAAACGUGCAGUCGGAGUUCUGCUUCCGAAAGACAGACAGGAACAGGGAGUCACAUAACCGGAUUCUCCGUGACCUGGCGGUGCUGGGGUACCUGGGCCAGCUGCUGCCCCCCACGCCGGAAGUGCUGCCGUUGCACGGUCUGAUUCCGUAUGAGGUCCCCUUCAAUGCAGUGGCCCUCCGGAUCACCCACUCCGAUGUCGCCCCCACCCACAUCAUGUACGCCCUGAACGCCAGCUGGGUCGCCCUCUGCAGGAUUCUUGAUGACGUCACUGGGUACUCAGAGGGGCCCAUCCUGCUGGCACAGACUCCCAUCUGUGACUGCUUGGGCUUCGGCAUCUGCAGGGGCAUCGACAUGGAGAAGCAGCGCUACCACAUCCUCACGCCCGUGCCCCCUGAGGAGCUAAGGACGGUCAACUGUCUGCUCGUGGGAGCCGUGUCCGUUCCACACAGCGUCUUCAAGAGCCAGCAUGGGCUCGAGGGCACGAUUCCCUAUGUCACAACGGACUACAAUAUGAAGCUUCCUGGAGCAUCAGAAAAAAUGGGGUUGAGAGAAGGUCAAGACAUUACCGAAACGAACAUGCUGCGUCGGCCCAGGCUCCAUCAGAGAAGCCAGCCUGUCCCGGAGACUGGGUGAGGGGCGCCGUCUCUGCUGGCCUGCUGCGGCACGAGGCACAUGGAGUUUUCUGUGUCAUCUGGGAAGGUGUCGUGUUGUAAAUAGCUCUUUGUUUCCCUCUUAGAGCUGCGUGGUCUGGUCUCCCACGUGGCUCAUGGCUCUGGCGAGUUUUCUAACACAGGUGAAAGUACACCGUGAAGAAGGGUGGGUCACACUCGAUUCCUCAGAAAGUCCCUGGACGGCUCAGGAUCUGAACCUGGGCCUAAGGCCAGGAAGGCGAAGCAUCAGGGGAGGAAGGGAACUGCAGAGCCUCGGGCAGGGCGGGCCUCCCUGCUGCCCGGACACUCCUGGAUGCUGUGUGCCAGGGAAGCGGCUGGCAGUUGACAAAUCCUCUCCUGGAGCUUGCCUCUUAAAGCCGGACCUGUCCGGAGUCUCGGCCUCAGCGGAGCCAGGUGGGAGGAGGCCUGGCUCUCCAGGCAGGACUGGCC